AGAAACACAUCCUGAAAUCCAUUUUCGUAUAGAAAUUCAGGGUUUAUAAUUUCUUGAGAUUUAAGAAAAAAAUAAGAAAAAAGAUUUCAAGAAAUGGGUGAUUCGGCCGGAGAACCAGGAAGCUCCAUGCAUGGAGUCACCGGAAAAGAACAGUCCUUCGCCUUCUCGGUGGCUUCUCCCAUGGUUCCGACCGAUACGACAGCGAAAUUCGACUUGCCGGUCGAUUCUGAGCACAAAGCGAAGGUCUUCAAGCUGUUCUCGUUCGCCAAACCUCACAUGAGGACGUUCCACCUCUCCUGGAUAUCCUUCUGCACCUGCUUCGUCUCCACGUUCGCGGCCGCUCCUCUCGUCCCGAUCAUCCGAGAGAAUCUCAAUCUGACCAAACAAGACAUCGGAAACGCCGGCGUCGCCUCCGUGUCGGGAAGUAUCUUCUCGAGGCUCGUGAUGGGAGCCGUCUGCGACCUCCUCGGACCGCGUUACGGCUGCGCUUUCCUCGUCAUGCUGUCGGCCCCCACCGUCUUCUCCAUGAGCUUCGUGGCCAAUGCCGGAGGCUACAUCACCGUCCGGUUUAUGAUCGGGUUCUGUCUGGCGACGUUCGUGUCGUGUCAGUAUUGGAUGAGCACGAUGUUCAACAGUCAGAUCAUCGGUCUGGUGAACGGGACGGCGGCCGGGUGGGGGAACAUGGGCGGAGGGGUGACUCAGCUGCUGAUGCCUGUGGUCUAUGAGAUCAUCAGGAGCAUUGGCUCGACGCCUUUCACGGCCUGGAGGAUCGCUUUCUUCAUCCCGGGAUGGUUGCACAUCAUCAUGGGUAUCUUGGUCCUCACGUUAGGUCAAGAUCUGCCCGAUGGCAACCGGAGUGUCCUGGAGAAGAAGGGAGAUGUCGCCAAAGACAAAUUCUCCAAGAUUCUGUGGUAUGCGAUCACAAAUUACAGGACAUGGGUCUUUGUUCUUCUGUACGGAUACUCCAUGGGAGUUGAGUUGAGUACGGACAACGUCAUCGCCGAAUACUUCUUCGACAGGUUCCAUUUGAAGCUACACACAGCAGGAUCUCUAUAGAUCUUUAUUCCUAGAAUAGGCCGCGGUGGCUACGCCUCGGACAUAGCCGCAAGGUACUUCGGCAUGAGAGGUCGGCUAUGGACACUCUGGAUAAUCCAAACCGCAGGUGGUCUCUUCUGCGUAUGGCUAGGCCGAGCCAACACACUGGUCACAGCCAUCGUAGCCAUGAUCCUCUUUUCCUUCGGAGCACAAGCCGCUUGCGGAGCCACCUUCGCCAUCGUCCCCUUCGUCUCCCGCCGAGCCCUAGGGAUCAUCUCCGGCCUCACCGGAGCCGGCGGGAACUUCGGCUCGGGCCUGACCCAGCUCAUCUUCUUCUCGACCUCCAGGUUCACGACCGAGGAAGGGCUGACGUGGAUGGGCGUGAUGAUCGUGGCAUGCACGUUGCCGGUCACGUUGGUGCAUUUCCCUCAAUGGGGGUCCAUGUUUCUGCCGGCUUCUUCCGAUCCGGUGAAAGGUACGGAGGAGCAUUACUAUGUCUCGGAGUGGACCGAUAAGGAGAAGCAGAAGAACAUGCACCAAGGCAGUCUCAGGUUCGCCGAGAACAGCCGAUCCGAGCGUGGCCGUCGAGUUGCUGAUGCAGCCACUCCGCCUGGGAAUACACCUAAUCAUGUUUGAUUGAUACGAGAGGGAGAGGGGAUAACCGGCCGGUUCGGUUAUUGAUUGGUUUUGGUUAUGUUAAACCGACUUGAACCGGGGAAGAAUAAACAUUCAAGUACCCCCUUUAUAUCGUAUAUAUGUGUGCGUUUAAGUUUAACGCUGUGUUCUUUCACUUUGCUUUGCUUUUUGUCUUUCUCAGUCUUUGUGAUGGAUCAUACGGAUUCGAUCGGGAAUUAAAGCUGCUUUUUUUAUGAAAUUAAUCAAGUUUUUAUG